GCCGAUGGCGGAAGACGACAGUCAUGUUUGAUUCCUGCAGUCAAACAACUGGUCCUUGGCUUCAUUUCAGCUAAUGUGGCUGCUCCAGUUUUUACCCAGACAGCUGUUGUUCCCUUAACCAUGAACAGGACACCGCUGAAGCGGUCCGGUAUCUUGUCGAUGGCUCUGACCGGCUCCAUGGACGGACGCGGAGAGACUUUCAUUCUCCGAGCGGUCAGAAUAGCGGCGGUGGUUGCUCUGUACUGGUUCGUUUCAAUAACAAUGGUCUUCCUCAACAAUCACCUGCUGGACAAUCGGGACUUGGACGCGCCGCUGUUUGUCACUUUCUACCAGUGUCUGGUGACCGUGGGGCUGUGCUGGCUCAUGCAGCUGUUGUCCAAAGCGUGCCCGGGACUCAUCGACUUCCCUGUGGUCAGAUUCGAUUUGAAGACGUCCCGGGAAGUCCUGCCUCUGUCCAUCGUCUUCAUCUGCAUGAUCACCUUCAACAACCUGUGCUUGAAAUACGUCGGGGUGGCUUUCUACACUGUCGGUCGUUCCCUCAGCACCGUUUUCAAUGUGCUGUUUUCAUAUUUUAUCCUGAAACAGACCACGUCUUUCAGAGCCCUGGUGUGCUGUGGGAUCAUACUGGGUGGUUUCUGGCUCGGCGUGGACCAGGAAGGCAUGACCGGCGCCCUGUCCUGGUCAGGCGUCUUCUUUGGGGUCCUCGCUAGCGCCUGUGUCUCCCUCAACGCCAUCUACACCAAGAAGGUGAUGCCCGCAGUGGACGGAAACAUUUGGAAACUGUCCUACUACAACAACAUUAACGCCUGCGUCCUCUUCAUCCCGCUCAUCCUCGUGUUCGGAGAGCUGGGCCGCCUCGUAAGCUUCAGCCGCCUCGCCGACCUCGGCUUCUGGGGGAUGAUGACGCUCGGAGGGGUGUUCGGUUUCGCCAUCGGCUACGUCACAGGCCUCCAGAUCAAGUUCACCAGCCCGCUCACGCACAACGUCUCGGGGACGGCCAAGGCCUGUGCGCAGACUGUGAUUGCGGUGGUGUACAACUCUUCCAGUAAAAGCCUGCUGUGGUGGACCAGUAACAUGUUGGUCCUCGGUGGCUCGUCGGCGUACACUUGGGUCAAAAGUCUAGAAAUGCAGAAGUCUCCCCGCAGGGACCCUCAGAACUCGGCCAAGGAGAAACUGCUGCCAGGAGAGCGGAGCAACAUGGGGGUGUGAGCUCUGUAACUGGGCAGCUUUUUAUCCAUAUGGCGUGAGAAUGUAAAAUAAUGUAGCAUUUAUGAGUGCUCAGCUAGUUAAGUUAGAGCUAAUUUACAUUCUUUGUGGGGCCUUUUUUUUUUUACAGGGAUUUUUAAAAUGAAGUGUCUUUUAUGGUCUCGUCUACAAAUGAAGGAAAAUGUGUUUUCUCUCCCACGUUUGCUCAGACUGAGGUCAGUGGAGUCAUAACGAGAUAGAAACCUUUUUAAUGCCUUGUCUUUCAUUUUGAUAAUAAGAGACUUAUUAUAAUAUUUUAGUUUUCAUUUCACUGUUUCAAAUCACAGCCGUUUUAUAGAGCUAGGUCACUAUUUCAAUGUUUUACAGGAAUCUUCUGGCUUUUAAUCAUACAAAACCUUGUGUCAGCGGCAAGCUGAUAUACAGUAGGGCUUUUAUCUGCGGAGAAAACACCAUUUUUCCUACACCAUUUCACAACUAUUGCUGCUAUCAACUGGAUGUUAUUUGCUACUGAGUCAGAUUAUAAAUUAAGAUCAUCCAGCCAGUGACCUCCGGUCUAUGAAAAUGGAUUUGCAUUUCAAAGCAAAUGUGGGGCAGACUGAAAGCAAGUCCUGUUGGAAUAUUCAUGAAAAGGUCUUUGGUUUCACGUGUUGUUUGUGACGUCGGAGUGGGACUGACAGUUUAUGUUUGUGUGUCACAGCAAUCUAUGACUGCACCUGAGGUCAGGGAUGGGAAUUAAGGACUGAGCCCAGAUGGCAUGCAUGUUUUGCUUAUUUAUUUUUUGUGUGUGUGUGUGUGUGUAACAGUGACGCAUUUCAGCUCAGACGCAUGCAGAGAUAAGUCAUUCUAUCCAAUCUGCACCACGUCUUCCAUUGGUUUUCGGUGCCAUUGCUCAGGUUGAAUUUUCAAAAUUGAACCAAAAUCCAGCGCGAUGAUUCGAUAUCACUAAGUUGAAGCAGACUAGUUUUAAAUAAACAUUUGGCUGAACCAAAAA